UUCCAAAUAUUAAAUCUUGCACAAUUUUGUGGUACUUGCACCGUAGCGGGACCCUUCCAUAAAAUUCCAAUGAUCACAAUCAAUCAGUGGAAGUAUCUUCAAUCUAGGAUAGUUGUAUAAAUACCUUACAACACACAUCAUGUUUUUCAUGCCCUCUGUUAGUAUCACAUUCACAGCAUUGUUUUUAACUUCUUGGGGGGCUGUUUCAUUAUUCUUGUGCUACUCAUUUUUUGAGGUCACAUUACUGUUGAAGAAAAUGACAAUUGAGCAGCACAAGGAUAAUGAAAGUAUUGGAGAAGCCAAUGGGCUUUUUCAUGAUUUGCAUGAGCCCUUGAUUCUACCUGGAAAAGAUGAUGUUGGUUCAUGUAAAGAUAUUGAAUCUAAUAAAAGGGUGGAAAAUGGACCCAUUGGAAUGGUUCUGCUUAGCACUUUUGUUGCUGUUUGUGGCUCUUUUGCAUUUGGAACUUGUUUAAGUAUCUUUACUAUUUAUGAAAUGGGAAAUACUAAAGGUUACGAUACAAAAUACAAGAAGUGGUCGUAUCCUCCACUACCCCUCAUGAUUUUAGCCAAAUAACAUAGUUAGUGUUGACACAUCCACAUUUCUUGCAGCUUUCAUACUAAAUAUUUUGUACUCAAUAAACCAAAAAACAAAAAGGUUUCUAUUUUCAGCUCAAGUUAUUAUUUUGGCAGGUGGGGUAUUCAGCACCCACUCAAGCAGCUAUCAGAGCAUAUCUUAAUCUAUCUCUUUCUGAGUUUUCCAUGUUUGGUUCGUUAGUAACAAUUGGUGCUAUGCUUGGUGCUAUAACAAGUGGCCCGAUCACAGAUUUUAUUGGUCGGAAAGGGGCAAUGAGAAUAUCAACUGGAUUUUGCAUAACAGGAUGGUUAGCUGUGUUCUUUUCAAAGGAUCCUCUCUCCCUUGACAUGGGAAGAUUUUUCACAGGAUAUGGAAUUGGACUGAUCUCAUUUGUGGUCCCUGUGUAUAUAGCUGAAAUAGCACCAAAGAAUCUUAGAGGUGGACUUGCAACAACAAAUCAGCUUAUGAUUGUUAUUGGAGCAUCAGUAUCAUUCUUACUAGGAAGUGUCUUAAAUUGGAGAAAACUAGCUCUAGCAGGGCUUGUUCCUUGCAUUUCCUUGCUGAUUGGAUUGUGCUUUAUCCCAGAAUCCCCAAGAUGGCUGGCAAAGGUUGGCCUUGAAAAAGAAUUUCAAGUAGCUUUAAGGAGACUGAGAGGGAAAGAUGUUGAUAUUUCUCAAGAAGCUGAAGAAAUUCUGGAUUAUAUUGAAACUCUACAAAGCCUUCCUAAAACUAAGCUUCUGGAUUUGUUCCAAAGCAAACAUGUUCGCUCUGUUGUUAUUGGUAUUGGGUUAAUGGUAUGUCAACAAUCUGUUGGAAUUAACGGUAUUGGAUUUUACACAGCAGAGACUUUUGCAGCAGCAGGACUUUCUUCAGGAAAAAUUGGUACUAUUGCCUAUGCUUGUAUGCAGGUUCCAUUCACUGUAUUGGGAGCCAUUUUGAUGGAUAAGUCUGGAAGAAGACCACUUAUAAUGGCUUCUGCAAGUGGAACAUUUUUAGGUUGCUUUAUUACUGGAAUUGCUUUCUUUCUCAAGGAUCAGAGCUUAUUGCUUAGGUGGGUGCCAAUAUUAGCAGUUGCUGGAGUGCUGAUAUACAUAGCAGCAUUUUCAAUAGGAAUGGGACCAGUUCCUUGGGUAAUAAUGUCUGAGAUCUUUCCCAUACAUGUGAAGGGAACUGCAGGGAGCUUGGUGGUAUUGAUAAACUGGCUAGGUGCUUGGGUAGUUUCAUAUACUUUCAACUUUCUAAUGAGUUGGAGUUCUCCUGCAUCUCUUCCAUUUUUUCUUCACCGAUGCCCUCCUCCUCUGAAAUUUUCCAUUCCGCGAUAGCCUCUUUUCUCUGAUCGACGUCGUGGCAUUACGGCCCUUUUACGGUUGUAAUCGGCGGUCUCAUCCCUCCCCAUGCUCAUAUCCACCCUCUCCUAACCGAGUAUAAGAUCAAUAACAUCAAAAAGCGUGAUACGAAUUCUCACAGCGUCCUCGACUCUGGCCAAUACAGAUUCCAUGGUAGUUUUUCGUUGGCGACUGCGAGUUCGACUUUGUCCAACAAAUUUGCGGGAUGAGGUAGCAGCAUCACCAACCACACGGUUUCCAGCUGAGUAUGUGCAAGAAUUUCAGAAUUGUUUUGACAGAUCUCCUGCAGUUCCUGUGUCUGAAUCCUCGAGUUCAUCAUGGCUGCAAGUUUGACCUCAUCGCCAUCUCAGGAGAAAAAUGAAGAACUUUGCUUAUGCGCAAUAGCAGGGGAUAAAAGAGUUUUAAUAUGUGUUAUUGUAGAUUCCUGCACUCGGGUCACGGUUUAUGGGAGGGAGAGUAUUAACCGAAAAGGCACGCUACCUUCACAUUUCAAAGAAACAUUCAGAGAAUCAAGGAUGCGGAGGUGUGAGCAUUUCCUUUAUACAUGUGUGUGUUCCCGCCAUUGCAGGAUUAUGGUAACCAGCUUGGACUGAGGUUGGAUAUGUUGUUCAGUAUUACUUUGAGAAUGAAAAUGAGGCAGAAAAUCAGCAAUAACGGGGUGGUUCAGUUAGUUUUUGACAUUAUAGCCAUCUUAUGGUGAAAGGGAAAGGAAAACUAUAAAUCAUUAUCAUAGUGUUUCUGCUUCAGGUUUUAUGCCUUGGUUCACUUUGAUAUGGUUACUCAAGAAGUCAAUUUCUGAAACGAGCUAUGGAGCGGAUGGAAUCAGAUAACAGUUAGGAGUAACAGUGGCAGAGAUAUUGAGGGAGAAAGGGAAGCCAGCCUAGAAACUUGGAAGAGAUUUGAAGCUCAGCAGGAAAUGUCAAAGACCCAAGAGGUACCACACAAUGAGGAUGGAUUUCAAACAUGAAGCAAAGUAAUUGAGCAGCUUUGGUCUCAUUGACCCUGUUGUGUCGAUUGUGAUGUGAUUCAGCUUUCCUUCAAUUUUUCAUUGAUACCUCUUACGAAUUUGUUGGAUGUUUCUAGGUCUUUCUAAUCCUUCUUAUAAUUUUGAUUCUGAAUUACAGUAUUAAUUCAUAAUGAAUUUGCUUAUUAAA